ACUCUUAAGUUAGCCAUGGGCAAAUUAAAAGGCAUUUGUGUCCUGCUGUGGAUAUGUGGGUACAGUGCCGUGGCCACCACAGAAGAAGGCUAUGCAAGAUCAGUGAGAGAUGCUGCCAUUCUGACCUCUUGUGACUUUAACCAGGAAAGUGCACCCUAUUGUCAGCUCCAGCAGGACGGCAACGACAACAGUGAUUGGACAAGACACCGAGGUCCCACCCCUACACCAGGAACAGGUCCCCCCGGGGACUACCCUGAUGGCAAUGGGUUCUACAUCUACCAUGAGUGUGACAAUGUGGCCAACGGGCAGAAGGCUCGUCUUCUCAGCCCGGCCCUCUCCUCCACCUCCACUCAGAUUUGUGUCCAGUUCCACUACUACAUGUACGGCUCAGACAACCAGAACCACCUGCACGUGCUGGCCAAGAGGCCCACCUCGGAGGACAAAGUCUGGGAGAAGACUGGGAUCCAGAGCCCCUCCUGGCUUGGAGCUGCUGUCACUGUGGCCAAACCAGCAGGACAGACCCUAAAUAUUGUGUUUGAGGCACAGCGUGGAUUGUCUGCUUCUUGUGACUCAGCCCUGGAUAACAUUGUCAUUAGUGAGGGAGCUUGUCCAGCCUGUCUGACUGGUUGUGACUUCGACACCACUGAUGAUCUGUGCAGCUGGGAGGCACGUAAACCAUCACAUCCUGACUUGUUUGGUUGGGAGCAGUGGAUUGGUCAAACUGACACAGACGGAUCUGGUCCUGACGAUGACUUCUCCAAACCAGGCUUGGGCCAAUAUCUGCUAAUGGACUCGUUUUUUCGUGUCGCUGGAGAGAAAGUAGAGCUGUGGAGCCCUUCCACCACCUCCUCCUCUGGCUGUCUGGACCUAACCUUCCAUUACUACAUGUACGGCACUGCCACCACCAUGAAGCUCAAUGUCCACGCAGUGACCAGCGGAGGAAGCCUCGGUUCCCCUAUCUUCUCCUUGACAGGGAACCAGGGCCAGGGUUGGAAGCCUGCAGAGAUACGCUACCUUGGCUCAGAUAACAUGCAGUUUGUGAUCGUUGGCUUCUACGGUGAGACCCCUGAGACAGACAUCGCUAUAGACGCUGUAUGCAUCACAGAAUGCACAGCACCAACUACAACAAAACCUCCCACACCGGGACCAACUACAUCAGCACCAGGAACGACUACUCCCAAACCCUCAACCCCCAAGCCUUCUACACCAAAACCACCAACCACAAAACCACCAGUGACGUGCCCUCCCAAUGCUGAGUAUAUAGAGUGUGGCCCUGCCUGCAUCCCCAGCUGUAAGGAACCCUCCACCAACUGCACUGGCUCCUGUAUCAGCGCGUGUUUCUGUAAGCCAGGCUUUGUGUUCAAAGGCAGACGCUGUGUCCCCAUAGAAACAUGUGGCUGUCUGGAGGGAGGUGACUACUAUGAGCCAGGAGAGAUCAUCUUUGGUGACGGCUGCUCCAAGCUGUGUCGUUGUGCUGGAAACUACAUCUUGGACUGUGUGGACAACUCCUGCUCUCCCACAGAGGAGUGUCGCAACGGAGCCUGCUAUCCUAAAGACACCUCUACCUGUAUCGCGUCUGGUGACCCUCACUACACCACCUUCGACAAGAAGAAGUACAACUUCAUGGGGAACUGCAGCUACCUGAUGUCAGAGCCCUGUAACCACAUGUCAGUGCCUCACUACGAGGUGCAUGCUGACAACGAGAACCGCUUCAACAAACCAACCAUCUCCUACCUGAAGGCUGUUCAUGUGUACGUGCGUGGGGUGAAGAUCUCCAUCUUGAAGGGAGGCACCGUGCAGUUGGAUGGUAUCAAUGUGAACAUCCCACUGACCCCAGCUACAGGUGUGUCUGUUUUGAAGUCUGGUAAACACUACACUGUAGCCAUGGACUUUGGUGUGACUGUACGAUAUGACGGAAACCACUAUAUGGACAUCAAGGUCAUCAAGGACUAUAAGGACAAGCUGUGUGGACUGUGUGGAGACUACAACGGAAACUCCAACGAUGACUUCAGGAAACCCGACGGUUCUCUGACCACUAACCCCAAUGACUUUGGACACAGCUGGGUCACAGAUCCCAAUUGUAACAAGAAGCCCAACACCACCAUCCCAGGCUGUACUGAUGAUGAACUGGACAGGUAUGAGAGCUCUGGCUACUGCGGCAUGCUACUGGACAAGAACGGACCGUUCGCUGUCUGUCACCCCAAGGUCAACCCCAAUAGUUUCUUCAAGGACUGUCUGUUUGACCUGUGCGAGCUGGAUGGUGCUCAACCCAUCCUGUGUGAGUCCAUCGAGUCGUACGUCAACGACUGUCAGGACCGAGGAGUCACCAUCGGAACCUGGAGGAACAGCACCUUCUGCCCUCUGACAUGCCCCCCCAACAGUCAGUACGUGCCCUGUGCCGCCCCUUGCCAGCCCACCUGUGCCUCCAGACCCUCCACAGGGUGUGAUGCUCCCUGUUCAGAGGGCUGUGUGUGUGACCCUGGUUACGUCCUCAGCGCCGGGAAGUGUGUCAAAGAGAACUCCUGUGGCUGCAAAGGCACCAACGGACAGUACUACGAGCCUGGUGAGGAGUGGUACCUGGAGGACUGUAAGCUGAAAUGUUAUUGUAACGCUCCCUUCGUCACCUGCAAUCCCUCUGAUUGCCCUCCAAUGCACGAGUGUAAGGUCCAGGGAGGAGAGCUGGACUGCUACCCUACAACCCCAACUACAGUCAAACCAACUACUCCCAUACCAACUACACCUAAACCAACUACUCCCAAACCUACUACCACAAAACCACCAGUGACGUGCCCUCCCAAUGCUGAGUAUUUAGAGUGUGGCCCUGCCUGCAUCCCCAGCUGUAAGGAACCCUCCACCAACUGCACUGGCUCCUGUAUCAGCGCGUGUUUCUGUAAGCCAGGCUUUGUGUUCAAAGGCAGACGCUGUGUCCCCAUAGAAACAUGUGGCUGUCUGGAGGGAGGUGACUACUAUGAGCCAGGAGAGAUCAUCUUUGGUGACGGCUGCUCCAAGCUGUGUCGUUGUGCUGGAAACUACAUCUUGGACUGUGUGGACAACUCCUGCUCUCCCACAGAGGAGUGUCGCAACGGAGCCUGCUAUCCUAAAGACACCUCUACCUGUAUCGCGUCUGGUGACCCUCACUACACCACCUUCGACAAGAAGAAGUACAACUUCAUGGGGAACUGCAGCUACCUGAUGUCAGAGCCCUGUAACCACACGUCAGUGCCUCACUACGAGGUGCAUGCUGACAACGAGAACCGCUUCAACAAACCAACCAUCUCCUACCUGAAGGCUGUUCAUGUGUACGUGCGUGGGGUGAAGAUCUCCAUCUUGAAGGGAGGCACCGUGCAGUUGGAUGGUAUCAAUGUGAACAUCCCACUGACCCCAGCUACAGGUGUGUCUGUUUUGAAGUCUGGUAAACACUACACUGUAGCCAUGGACUUUGGUGUGACUGUACGAUAUGACGGAAACCACUAUAUGGACAUCAAGGUCAUCAAGGACUAUAAGGACAAGCUGUGUGGACUGUGUGGAGACUACAACGGAAACUCCAACGAUGACUUCAGGAAACCCGACGGUUCUCUGACCACCAACCCCAAUGACUUUGGACACAGCUGGGUCACAGAUCCCAAUUGUAACAAGAAGCCCAACACCACCAUCCCAGGCUGUACUGAUGAUGAACUGGACAGGUAUGAGAGCUCUGGCUACUGCGGCAUGCUACUGGACAAGAAUGGACCGUUCGCUGUCUGUCACCCCAAGGUCAACCCCAAUAGUUUCUUCAAGGACUGUCUGUUUGACCUGUGCGAGCUGGAUGGUGCUCAACCCAUCCUGUGUGAGUCCAUCGAGUCGUACGUCAACGACUGUCAGGACCGAGGAGUCACCAUCGGAACCUGGAGGAACAGCACCUUCUGCCGUGAGUACAGAUCAGUGUUGGGGUCAAUUACAUUUCAUUCCAGUCAUUUCAGAAACACAUCAAAGACCAAACAAUACACUCUAACAACCUAUCUCCUAAUGUCUCCUCUUCCCUCCUUCUCUCCAGCUCUGACAUGCCCCCCCAACAGUCAGUACGUGCCCUGUGCCGCCCCUUGCCAGCCCACCUGUGCCUCCAGACCCUCCACAGGGUGUGAUGCUCCCUGUUCAGAGGGCUGUGUGUGUGACCCUGGUUACGUCCUCAGCGCCGGGAAGUGUGUCAAAGAGAACUCCUGUGGCUGCAAAGGCACCAACGGACAGUACUACGAGCCUGGUGAGGAGUGGUACCUGGAGGACUGUAAGCUGAAAUGUUAUUGUAACGCUCCCUUCGUCACCUGCAAUCCCUCUGAUUGCCCUCCAAUGCACGAGUGUAAGGUCCAGGGAGGAGAGCUGGACUGCUACCCUACAACCCCAACUACAGUCAAACCAACUACUCCCAUACCAACUACACCUAAACCAACUACUCCCAAACCUACUACCACAAAACCACCAGUGACGUGCCCUCCCAAUGCUGAGUAUUUAGAGUGUGGCCCUGCCUGCAUCCCCAGCUGUAAGGAACCCUCCACCAACUGCACUGGCUCCUGUAUCAGCGCGUGUUUCUGUAAGCCAGGCUUUGUGUUCAAAGGCAGACGCUGUGUCCCCAUAGAAACAUGUGGCUGUCUGGAGGGAGGUGACUACUAUGAGCCAGGAGAGAUCAUCUUUGGUGACGGCUGCUCCAAGCUGUGUCGUUGUGCUGGAAACUACAUCUUGGACUGUGUGGACAACUCCUGCUCUCCCACAGAGGAGUGUCGCAACGGAGCCUGCUAUCCUAAAGACACCUCUACCUGUAUCGCGUCUGGUGACCCUCACUACACCACCUUCGACAAGAAGAAGUACAACUUCAUGGGGAACUGCAGCUACCUGAUGUCAGAGCCCUGUAACCACACGUCAGUGCCUCACUACGAGGUGCAUGCUGACAACGAGAACCGCUUCAACAAACCAACCAUCUCCUACCUGAAGGCUGUUCAUGUGUACGUGCGUGGGGUGAAGAUCUCCAUCUUGAAGGGAGGCACCGUGCAGUUGGAUGGUAUCAAUGUGAACAUCCCACUGACCCCAGCUACAGGUGUGUCUGUUUUGAAGUCUGGUAAACACUACACUGUAGCCAUGGACUUUGGUGUGACUGUACGAUAUGACGGAAACCACUAUAUGGACAUCAAGGUCAUCAAGGACUAUAAGGACAAGCUGUGUGGACUGUGUGGAGACUACAACGGAAACUCCAACGAUGACUUCAGGAACCCCGAUGGUUCUCUGACCACCAACCCCAAUGACUUUGGACACAGCUGGGUCAUGGAUCCCAAUUGUAACAAGAAGCCCAACACCACCAUCCCAGGCUGUACUGAUGAUGAACUGGACAGGUAUGAGAGCUCUGGCUACUGCGGCAUGCUACUGGACAAGAACGGACCGUUCGCUGUCUGUCACCCCAAGGUCAACCCCAAUAGUUUCUUCAAGGACUGUCUGUUUGACCUGUGCGAGCUGGAUGGUGCUCAACCCAUCCUGUGUGAGUCCAUCGAGUCGUACGUCAACGACUGUCAGGACCGAGGAGUCACCAUCGGAACCUGGAGGAACAGCACCUUCUGCCGUGAGUACAGAUCAGUCUCUGACAUGCCCCCCAACAGUCAGUACGUGCCCUGUGCCGCCCCUUGCCAGCCCACCUGUGCCUCCAGACCCUCCACAGGGUGUGAUGCUCCCUGUUCAGAGGGCUGUGUGUGUGACCCUGGUUACGUCCUCAGCGCCAGGAAGUGUGUCAAAGAGAACUCCUGUGGCUGCAAAGGCACCAACGGACAGUACUACGAGCCUGGUGAGGAGUGGUACCUGGAGGACUGUAAGCUGAAAUGUUAUUGUAACGCUCCCUUCGUCACCUGCAAUCCCUCUGAUUGCCCUCCAAUGCACGAGUGUAAGGUCCAGGGAGGAGAGCUGGACUGCUACCCUACAACCCCAACUACAGUCAAACCAACUACUCCCAUACCAACUACACCUAAACCAACUACUCCCAAACCUACUACCACAAAACCACCAGUGACGUGCCCUCCCAAUGCUGAGUAUAUAGAGUGUGGCCCUGCCUGCAUCCCCAGCUGUAAGGAACCCUCCACCAACUGCACUGGCUCCUGUGACUACUAUGAGCCAGGAGAGAUCAUCUUUGGUGACGGCUGCUCCAAGCUGUGUCGUUGUGCUGGAAACUACAUCUUGGACUGUGUGGACAACUCCUGCUCUCCCACAGAGGAGUGUCGCAACGGAGCCUGCUAUCCUAAAGACACCUCUACCUGUAUCGCGUCUGGUGACCCUCACUACACCACCUUCGACAAGAAGAAGUACAACUUCAUGGGGAACUGCAGCUACCUGAUGUCAGAGCCCUGUAACCACACGUCAGUGCCUCACUACGAGGUGCAUGCUGACAACGAGAACCGCUUCAACAAACCAACCAUCUCCUACCUGAAGGCUGUUCAUGUGUACGUGCGUGGGGUGAAGAUCUCCAUCUUGAAGGGAGGCACCGUGCAGUUGGAUGGUAUCAAUGUGAACAUCCCACUGACCCCAGCUACAGGUGUGUCUGUUUUGAAGUCUGGUAAACACUACACUGUAGCCAUGGACUUUGGUGUGACUGUACGAUAUGACGGAAACCACUAUAUGGACAUCAAGGUCAUCAAGGACUAUAAGGACAAGCUGUGUGGACUGUGUGGAGACUACAACGGAAACUCCAACGAUGACUUCAGGAAACCCGACGGUUCUCUGACCACCAACCCCAAUGACUUUGGACACAGCUGGGUCACAGAUCCCAAUUGUAACAAGAAGCCCAACACCACCAUCCCAGGCUGUACUGAUGAUGAACUGGACAGGUAUGAGAGCUCUGGCUACUGCGGCAUGCUACUGGACAAGAACGGACCGUUCGCUGUCUGUCACCCCAAGGUCAACCCCAAUAGUUUCUUCAAGGACUGUCUGUUUGACCUGUGCGAGCUGGAUGGUGCUCAACCCAUCCUGUGUGAGUCCAUCGAGUCGUACGUCAACGACUGUCAGGACCGAGGAGUCACCAUCGGAACCUGGAGGAACAGCACCUUCUGCCCUCUGACAUGCCCCCCCAACAGUCAGUACGUGCCCUGUGCCGCCCCUUGCCAGCCCACCUGUGCCUCCAGACCCUCCACAGGGUGUGAUGCUCCCUGUUCAGAGGGCUGUGUGUGUGACCCUGGUUACGUCCUCAGCGCCGGGAAGUGUGUCAAAGAGAACUCCUGUGGCUGCAAAGGCACCAACGGACAGUACUACGAGCCUGGUGAGGAGUGGUACCUGGAGGACUGUAAGCUGAAAUGUUAUUGUAACGCUCCCUUCGUCACCUGCAAUCCCUCUGAUUGCCCUCCAAUGCACGAGUGUAAGGUCCAGGGAGGAGAGCUGGACUGCUACCCUACAACCCCAACUACAGUCAAACCAACUACUCCCAUACCAACUACACCUAAACCAACUACUCCCAAACCUACUACCACAAAACCACCAGUGACGUGCCCUCCCAAUGCUGAGUAUAUAGAGUGUGGCCCUGCCUGCAUCCCCAGCUGUAAGGAACCCUCCACCAACUGCACUGGCUCCUGUAUCAGCGCGUGUUUCUGUAAGCCAGGCUUUGUGUUCAAAGGCAGACGCUGUGUCCCCAUAGAAACAUGUGGCUGUCUGGAGGGAGGUGACUACUAUGAGCCAGGAGAGAUCAUCUUUGGUGACGGCUGCUCCAAGCUGUGUCGUUGUGCUGGAAACUACAUCUUGGACUGUGUGGACAACUCCUGCUCUCCCACAGAGGAGUGUCGCAACGGAGCCUGCUAUCCUAAAGACACCUCUACCUGUAUCGCGUCUGGUGACCCUCACUACACCACCUUCGACAAGAAGAAGUACAACUUCAUGGGGAACUGCAGCUACCUGAUGUCAGAGCCCUGUAACCACACGUCAGUGCCUCAAUACGAGGUGCAUGCUGACAACGAGAACCGCUUCAACAAACCAACCAUCUCCUACCUGAAGGCUGUUCAUGUGUACGUGCGUGGGGUGAAGAUCUCCAUCUUGAAGGGAGGCACCGUGCAGUUGGAUGGUAUCAAUGUGAACAUCCCACUGACCCCAGCUACAGGUGUGUCUGUUUUGAAGUCUGGUAAACACUACACUGUAGCCAUGGACUUUGGUGUGACUGUACGAUAUGACGGAAACCACUAUAUGGACAUCAAGGUCAUCAAGGACUAUAAGGACAAGCUGUGUGGACUGUGUGGAGACUACAACGGAAACUCCAACGAUGACUUCAGGAAACCCGACGGUUCUCUGACCACCAACCCCAAUGACUUUGGACACAGCUGGGUCACAGAUCCCAAUUGUAACAAGAAGCCCAACACCACCAUCCCAGGCUGUACUGAUGAUGAACUGGACAGGUAUGAGAGCUCUGGCUACUGCGGCAUGCUACUGGACAAGAACGGACCGUUCGCUGUCUGUCACCCCAAGGUCAACCCCAAUAGUUUCUUCAAGGACUGUCUGUUUGACCUGUGCGAGCUGGAUGGUGCUCAACCCAUCCUGUGUGAGUCCAUCGAGUCGUACGUCAACGACUGUCAGGACCGAGGAGUCACCAUCGGAACCUGGAGGAACAGCACCUUCUGCCCUCUGACAUGCCCCCCCAACAGUCAGUACGUGCCCUGUGCCGCCCCUUGCCAGCCCACCUGUGCCUCCAGACCCUCCACAGGGUGUGAUGCUCCCUGUUCAGAGGGCUGUGUGUGUGACCCUGGUUACGUCCUCAGCGCCGGGAAGUGUGUCAAAGAGAACUCCUGUGGCUGCAAAGGCACCAACGGACAGUACUACGAGCCUGGUGAGGAGUGGUAUCUGGAGGACUGUAAGCUGAAAUGUUAUUGUAACGCUCCCUUCGUCACCUGCAAUCCCUCUGAUUGCCCUCCAAUGCACGAGUGUAAGGUCCAGGGAGGAGAGCUGGACUGCUACCCUACAACCCCAACUACAGUCAAACCAACUACUCCCAUACCAACUACACCUAAACCAACUACUCCCAAACCUACUACCACAAAACCACCAGUGACGUGCCCUCCCAAUGCUGAGUAUAUAGAGUGUGGCCCUGCCUGCAUCCCCAGCUGUAAGGAACCCUCCACCAACUGCACUGGCUCCUGUAUCAGCGCGUGUUUCUGUAAGCCAGGCUUUGUGUUCAAAGGCAGACGCUGUGUCCCCAUAGAAACAUGUGGCUGUCUGGAGGGAGGUGACUACUAUGAGCCAGGAGAGAUCAUCUUUGGUGACGGCUGCUCCAAGCUGUGUCGUUGUGCUGGAAACUACAUCUUGGACUGUGUGGACAACUCCUGCUCUCCCACAGAGGAGUGUCGCAACGGAGCCUGCUAUCCUAAAGACACCUCUACCUGUAUCGCGUCUGGUGACCCUCACUACACCACCUUCGACAAGAAGAAGUACAACUUCAUGGGGAACUGCAGCUACCUGAUGUCAGAGCCCUGUAACCACACGUCAGUGCCUCACUACGAGGUGCAUGCUGACAACGAGAACCGCUUCAACAAACCAACCAUCUCCUACCUGAAGGCUGUUCAUGUGUACGUGCGUGGGGUGAAGAUCUCCAUCUUGAAGGGAGGCACCGUGCAGUUGGAUGGUAUCAAUGUGAACAUCCCACUGACCCCAGCUACAGGUGUGUCUGUUUUGAAGUCUGGUAAACACUACACUGUAGCCAUGGACUUUGGUGUGACUGUACGAUAUGACGGAAACCACUAUAUGGACAUCAAGGUCAUCAAGGACUAUAAGGACAAGCUGUGUGGACUGUGUGGAGACUACAACGGAAACUCCAACGAUGACUUCAGGAAACCCGACGGUUCUCUGACCACCAACCCCAAUGACUUUGGACACAGCUGGGUCACAGAUCCCAAUUGUAACAAGAAGCCCAACACCACCAUCCCAGGCUGCACUGAUGAUGAACUGGACAGGUAUGAGAGCUCUGGCUACUGCGGCAUGCUACUGGACAAGAACGGACCGUUCGCUGUCUGUCACCCCAAGGUCAACCCAAAUAGUUUCUUCAAGGACUGUCUGUUUGACCUGUGCGAGCUGGAUGGUGCUCAACCCAUCCUGUGUGAGUCCAUCGAGUCGUACGUCAACGACUGUCAGGACCGAGGAGUCACCAUCGGAACCUGGAGGAACAGCACCUUCUGCCCUCUGACAUGCCCCCCCAACAGUCAGUACGUGCCCUGUGCCGCCCCUUGCCAGCCCACCUGUGCCUCCAGACCCUCCACAGGGUGUGAUGCUCCCUGUUCAGAGGGCUGUGUGUGUGACCCUGGUUACGUCCUCAGCGCCGGGAAGUGUGUCAAAGAGAACUCCUGUGGCUGCAAAGGCACCAACGGACAGUACUACGAGCCUGGUGAGGAGUGGUACCUGGAGGACUGUAAGCUGAAAUGUUAUUGUAACGCUCCCUUCGUCACCUGCAAUCCCUCUGAUUGCCCUCCAAUGCACGAGUGUAAGGUCCAGGGAGGAGAGCUGGACUGCUACCCUACAACCCCAACUACAGUCAAACCAACUACUCCCAUACCAACUACACCUAAACCAACUACUCCCAAACCUACUACCACAAAACCACCAGUGACGUGCCCUCCCAAUGCUGAGUAUAUAGAGUGUGGCCCUGCCUGCAUCCCCAGCUGUAAGGAACCCUCCACCAACUGCACUGGCUCCUGUAUCAGCGCGUGUUUCUGUAAGCCAGGCUUUGUGUUCAAAGGCAGACGCUGUGUCCCCAUAGAAACAUGUGGCUGUCUGGAGGGAGGUGACUACUAUGAGCCAGGAGAGAUCAUCUUUGGUGACGGCUGCUCCAAGCUGUGUCGUUGUGCUGGAAACUACAUCUUGGACUGUGUGGACAACUCCUGCUCUCCCACAGAGGAGUGUCGCAACGGAGCCUGCUAUCCUAAAGACACCUCUACCUGUAUCGCGUCUGGUGACCCUCACUACACCACCUUCGACAAGAAGAAGUACAACUUCAUGGGGAACUGCAGCUACCUGAUGUCAGAGCCCUGUAACCACACGUCAGUGCCUCACUACGAGGUGCAUGCUGACAACGAGAACCGCUUCAACAAACCAACCAUCUCCUACCUGAAGGCUGUUCAUGUGUACGUGCGUGGGGUGAAGAUCUCCAUCUUGAAGGGAGGCACCGUGCAGUUGGAUGGUAUCAAUGUGAACAUCCCACUGACCCCAGCUACAGGUGUGUCUGUUUUGAAGUCUGGUAAACACUACACUGUAGCCAUGGACUUUGGUGUGACUGUACGAUAUGACGGAAACCACUAUAUGGACAUCAAGGUCAUCAAGGACUAUAAGGACAAGCUGUGUGGACUGUGUGGAGACUACAACGGAAACUCCAACGAUGACUUCAGGAAACCCGACGGUUCUCUGACCACCAACCCCAAUGACUUUGGACACAGCUGGGUCACGGAUCCCAAUUGUAACAAGAAGCCCAACACCACCAUCCCAGGCUGUACUGAUGAUGAACUGGACAGGUAUGAGAGCUCUGGCUACUGCGGCAUGCUACUGGACAAGAACGGACCGUUCGCUGUCUGUCACCCCAAGGUCAACCCAAAUAGUUUCUUCAAGGACUGUCUGUUUGACCUGUGCGAGCUGGAUGGUGCUCAACCCAUCCUGUGUGAGUCCAUCGAGUCGUACGUCAACGACUGUCAGGACCGAGGAGUCACCAUCGGAACCUGGAGGAACAGCACCUUCUGCCCUCUGACAUGCCCCCCCAACAGUCAGUACGUGCCCUGUGCCGCCCCUUGCCAGCCCACCUGUGCCUCCAGACCCUCCACAGGGUGUGAUGCUCCCUGUUCAGAGGGCUGUGUGUGUGACCCUGGUUACGUCCUCAGCGCCGGGAAGUGUGUCAAAGAGAACUCAUGUGGCUGCAAAGGCACCAACGGACAGUACUACGAGCCUGGUGAGGAGUGGUACCUGGAGGACUGUAAGCUGAAAUGUUAUUGUAACGCUUUCGUCACCUGCAAUCCCUCUGAUUGCCCUCCAAUGCACGAGUGUAAGGUCCAGGGAGGAGAGCUGGACUGCUACCCUACAACCCCAACUACAGUCAAACCAACUACUCCCAUACCAACUACACCUAAACCAACUACUCCCAAACCUACUACCACAAAACCACCAGUGACGUGCCCUCCCAAUGCUGAGUAUAUAGAGUGUGGCCCUGCCUGCAUCCCCAGCUGUAAGGAACCCUCCACCAACUGCACUGGCUCCUGUAUCAGCGCGUGUUUCUGUAAGCCAGGCUUUGUGUUCAAAGGCAGACGUUGUGUCCCCAUAGAAACAUGUGGCUGUCUGGAGGGAGGUGACUACUAUGAGCCAGGAGAGAUCAUCUUUGGUGACGGCUGCUCCAAGCUGUGUCGUUGUGCUGGAAACUACAUCUUGGACUGUGUGGACAACUCCUGCUCUCCCACAGAGGAGUGUCGCAACGGAGCCUGCUAUCCUAAAGACACCUCUACCUGUAUCGCGUCUGGUGACCCUCACUACACCACCUUCGACAAGAAGAAGUACAACUUCAUGGGGAACUGCAGCUACCUGAUGUCAGAGCCCUGUAACCACACGUCAGUGCCUCACUACGAGGUGCAUGCUGACAACGAGAACCGCUUCAACAAACCAACCAUCUCCUACCUGAAGGCUGUUCAUGUGUACGUGCGUGGGGUGAAGAUCUCCAUCUUGAAGGGAGGCACCGUGCAGUUGGAUGGUAUCAAUGUGAACAUCCCACUGACCCCAGCUACAGGUGUGUCUGUUUUGAAGUCUGGUAAACACUACACUGUAGCCAUGGACUUUGGUGUGACUGUACGAUAUGACGGAAACCACUAUAUGGACAUCAAGGUCAUCAAGGACUAUAAGGACAAGCUGUGUGGACUGUGUGGAGACUACAACGGAAACUCCAACGAUGACUUCAGGAAACCCGACGGUUCUCUGACCACCAACCCCAAUGACUUUGGACACAGCUGGGUCACAGAUCCCAAUUGUAACAAGAAGCCCAACACCACCAUCCCAGGCUGUACUGAUGAUGAACUGGACAGGUAUGAGAGCUCUGGCUACUGCGGCAUGCUACUGGACAAGAACGGACCGUUCGCUGUCUGUCACCCCAAGGUCAACCCCAAUAGUUUCUUCAAGGACUGUCUGUUUGACCUGUGCGAGCUGGAUGGGGCUCAACCCAUCCUGUGUGAGUCCAUCGAGUCGUACGUCAACGACUGUCAGGACCGAGGAGUCACCAUCGGAACCUGGAGGAACAGCACCUUCUGCCCUCUGACAUGCCCCCCCAACAGUCAGUACGUGCCCUGUGCCGCCCCUUGCCAGCCCACCUGUGCCUCCAGACCCUCCACAGGGUGUGAUGCUCCCUGUUCAGAGGGCUGUGUGUGUGACCCUGGUUACGUCCUCAGCGCCGGGAAGUGUGUCAAAGAGAACUCAUGUGGCUGCAAAGGCACCAACGGACAGUACUACGAGCCUGGUGAGGAGUGGUACCUGGAGGACUGUAAGCUGAAAUGUUAUUGUAACGCUCCCUUCGUCACCUGCAAUCCCUCUGAUUGCCCUCCAAUGCACGAGUGUAAGGUCCAGGGAGGAGAGCUGGACUGCUACCCUACAACCCCAACUACAGUCAAACCAACUACUCCCAUACCAACUACACCUAAACCAACUACUCCCAAACCUACUACCACAAAACCACCAGUGACAUGCCCUCCCAAUGCUGAGUAUAUAGAGUGUGGCCCUGCCUGCAUCCCCAGCUGUAAGGAACCCUCCACCAACUGCACUGGCUCCUGUAUCAGCGCGUGUUUCUGUAAGCCAGGCUUUGUGUUCAAAGGCAGACGCUGUGUCCCCAUAGAAACAUGUGGCUGUCUGGAGGGAGGUGACUACUAUGAGCCAGGAGAGAUCAUCUUUGGUGACGGCUGCUCCAAGCUGUGUCGUUGUGCUGGAAACUACAUCUUGGACUGUGUGGACAAUUCCUGCUCUCCCACAGAGGAGUGUCGCAACGGAGCCUGCUAUCCUAAAGACACCUCUACCUGUAUCGCGUCUGGUGACCCUCACUACACCACCUUCGACAAGAAGAAGUACAACUUCAUGGGGAACUGCAGCUACCUGAUGUCAGAGCCCUGUAACCACACGUCAGUGCCUCACUACGAGGUGCAUGCUGACAACGAGAACCGCUUCAACAAACCAACCAUCUCCUACCUGAAGGCUGUUCAUGUGUACGUGCGUGGGGUGAAGAUCUCCAUCUUGAAGGGAGGCACCGUGCAGUUGGAUGGUAUCAAUGUGAACAUCCCACUGACCCCAGCUACAGGUGUGUCUGUUUUGAAGUCUGGUAAACACUACACUGUAGCCAUGGACUUUGGUGUGACUGUACGAUAUGAUGGAAACCACUAUAUGGACAUCAAGGUCAUCAAGGACUAUAAGGACAAGCUGUGUGGACUGUGUGGAGACUACAACGGAAACUCCAACGAUGACUUCAGGAAACCCGACGGUUCUCUGACCACCAACCCCAAUGACUUUGGACACAGCUGGGUCACAGAUCCCAAUUGUAACAAGAAGCCCAACACCACCAUCCCAGGCUGUACUGAUGAUGAACUGGACAGGUAUGAGAGCUCUGGCUACUGCGGCAUGCUACUGGACAAGAACGGACCGUUCGCUGUCUGUCACCCCAAGGUCAACCCCAAUAGUUUCUUCAAGGACUGUCUGUUUGACCUGUGCGAGCUGGAUGGGGCUCAACCCAUCCUGUGUGAGUCCAUCGAAUCGUACGUCAACGACUGUCAGGACCGAGGAGUCACCAUCGGAACCUGGAGGAACAGCACCUUCUGCCCUCUGACAUGCCCCCCAACAGUCAGUACGUGCCCUGUGCCGCCCCUUGCCAGCCCACCUGUGCCUCCAGACCCUCCACAGGGUGUGAUGCUCCCUGUUCAGGGCUGUGUGUGUGACCCUGGUUACGUCCUCAGCGCCGGGAAGUGUGUCAAAGAGAACUCCUGUGGCUGCAAAGGCACCAACGGACAGUACUACGAGCCUGGUGAGGAGUGGUACCUGGAGGACUGUAAGCUGAAAUGUUAUUGUAACGCUCCCUUCGUCACCUGCAAUCCCUCUGAUUGCCCUCCAAUGCACGAGUGUAAGGUCCAGGGAGGAGAGCUGGACUGCUACCCUACAACCCCAACUACUGUCAAACCAACUACUCCCAUACCAACUACACCUAAACCAACUACUCCCAAACCUACUACCACAAAACCACCAGUGACGUGCCCUCCCAAUGCUGAGUAUAUAGAGUGUGGCCCUGCCUGCAUCCCCAGCUGUAAGGAACCCUCCACCAACUGCACUGGCUCCUGUAUCAGCGCGUGUUUCUGUAAGCCAGGCUUUGUGUUCAAAGGCAGACGCUGUGUCCCCAUAGAAACAUGUGGCUGUCUGGAGGGAGGUGACUACUAUGAGCCAGGAGAGAUCAUCUUUGGUGACGGCUGCUCCAAGCUGUGUCGUUGUGCUGGAAACUACAUCUUGGACUGUGUGGACAAUUCCUGCUCUCCCACAGAGGAGUGUCGCAACGGAGCCUGCUAUCCUAAAGACACCUCUACCUGUAUCGCGUCUGGUGACCCUCACUACACCACCUUCGACAAGAAGAAGUACAACUUCAUGGGGAACUGCAGCUACCUGAUGUCAGAGCCCUGUAACCACACGUCAGUGCCUCACUACGAGGUGCAUGCUGACAACGAGAACCGCUUCAACAAACCAACCAUCUCCUACCUGAAGGCUGUUCAUGUGUACGUGCGUGGGGUGAAGAUCUCCAUCUUGAAGGGAGGCACCGUGCAGUUGGAUGGUAUCAAUGUGAACAUCCCACUGACCCCAGCUACAGGUGUGUCUGUUUUGAAGUCUGGUAAACACUACACUGUAGCCAUGGACUUUGGUGUGACUGUACGAUAUGAUGGAAACCACUAUAUGGACAUCAAGGUCAUCAAGGACUAUAAGGACAAGCUGUGUGGACUGUGUGGAGACUACAACGGAAACUCCAACGAUGACUUCAGGAAACCCGACGGUUCUCUGACCACCAACCCCAAUGACUUUGGAUAUAGCUGGGUCACAGAUCCCAAUUGUAACAAGAAGCCCAACACCACCAUCCCAGGCUGUACUGAUGAUGAACUGGACAGGUAUGAGAGCUCUGGCUACUGCGGCAUGCUACUGGACAAGAACGGACCGUUCGCUGUCUGUCACCCCAAGGUCAACCCCAAUAGUUUCUUCAAGGACUGUCUGUUUGACCUGUGCGAGCUGGAUGGUGCUCAACCCAUCCUGUGUGAGUCCAUCGAGUCGUACGUCAACGACUGUCAGGACCGAGGAGUCACCAUCGGAACCUGGAGGAACAGCACCUUCUGCCCUCUGACAUGCCCCCCCAACAGUCAGUACGUGCCCUGUGCCGCCCCUUGCCAGCCCACCUGUGCCUCCAGACCCUCCACAGGGUGUGAUGCUCCCUGUUCAGAGGGCUGUGUGUGUGACCCUGGUUACGUCCUCAGCGCCGGGAAGUGUGUCAAAGAGAACUCCUGUGGCUGCAAAGGCACCAACGGACAGUACUACGAGCCUGGUGAGGAGUGGUACCUGGAGGACUGUAAGCUGAAAUGUUAUUGUAACGCUCCCUUCGUCACCUGCAAUCCCUCUGAUUGCCCUCCAAUGCACGAGUGUAAGGUCCAGGGAGGAGAGCUGGACUGCUACCCUACAAGUUCCCAGGACUGUGUGAUCUCUGGAGACCCCCACUACAAUACAUUUGAUGAUAGGUUCUACAGCUUCAUGGGGACCUGCACCUACACCCUGGCCAGGUCCUGCAAGAACAACACAGGUCCCUGGUUCUCUGUGGAGGGUAAGAACGAGGAGCGAGGUCUGGCUGGAGUGUCCUACCUGAAAAAGCUCUACGUCACUGUCGAUGGAAUCACUGUCACACUAAUGAAGAGCAGGAAGACUCUGGUGAAUGGAAAGCGAGUGUCCCUCCCUCACUCCCCCUCUCCGCUCAUCUCUCUAUCGCUGGCGGGUCAGUACGUCACGCUGCUGACUCCGUUCGGCCUCAAGGUGCGCUGGGACGGAAACCACUACGCCCAGAUCUCAGUGCCCAGCUCCUACUCUGACAAGAUGUGUGGUCUGUGCGGCGACUACGACGGUAACCCGAACAACGACUUCACCAAGCCGGACGGAUCCCAGGUCACCACCUCCAAGGACUUUGGAAACAGCUGGAAGACCGAGGAAGAUGAGGAUGUCACAUGCAAACCCGACACCGACCCAGAUCCACUCUGUGAUCCCUCACUAGAGGCAGAGGUUUCCAAACCUGAGAACUGUGGGAAAUUAACCGACACCAAAGGACCCUUCAGGGAGUGCAUAGCGUUGGUGGACCCUAGUCCGUUCUUCCAGAGCUGUGUGUAUGACAUGUGUCGCUUCGUGGGCCAACAGCAGAUGCUGUGUGACCAGCUUCAGGUGUAUACCGACGCCUGCCUGAGCGCAGGGAUCAAGGUCCACCCCUGGAGGGAGACAGAUUUCUGCCCCCUGGCCUGUCCUCCCAACAGUUCUUACUCCAUGUGUGUGAGCUCCUGUCCAGAGACAUGUCUGGGUGUCAGCGGCCCCCCUGGUUGCUCCGAGGUGUGUGUGGAGGGGUGUGAGUGUAACCGUGGCUUUAUCCUCAGUGACGACAAGUGUGUUCCUGUUAAAGACUGUGGCUGUGUCAACUCCUCUGGAGACUACCAUCCUGUGGGGGACGCCUGGUACCUGGAGGGCUGUAAGGAGAAGUGUGUGUGUCUGGGUGGAGGGGUGCUACAGUGUCACAACACCUCCUGUACCCUGGCAGAGAGCUGCGGCCUGCAGGAUGGGGAGUUAGGAUGUUACCCACUGGAAACAGGUAUCUGCACUGUACAGGGCGACCCUCACUACACCUCUUUCGAUAAAAAGGUGCAUAACUUCAUGGGUUCCUGUUCCUACACUCUCACCAAGCCGUGCAAUGAGUCCUCCGGCUUGCCGUACUUCACCGUCGACACGCAGAACGAGCACCGAGGCAGCAACAAGAAGGUGUCGUACGUCCGAGCCGUCAUGGUCAAGGUCUCCGGGAUGACCGUCAUCUUGGGAAAGGGACGCAAAAUACAGGUCAACAGUACCCUGGUGACCCCUCCCGUGACUCUGAACAAUGGGGUGAAGGUCUACCUGAGCGGGAAGUUCGUUGUGUUGGAGACGACCUUUGGCCUGCGGGUGAGGUUCGAUGGUAACCACCACGCUGACGUCACGCUGCCCUCCUUCUACAACCAACUGCUCUGUGGACUUUGUGGAAACUUCAAUGACCAACCUGGUGAUGACAACAUCAAGCCAGAUGGUAAACCAGCCGUCAACACCAACGAACUGGGAGAGAGCUGGCAGGUACCCGACGACCGCCCCGACUGCACCCACGGUGGAGGAGAGGAGGAGUGUGUUCCCAAGGUGGAGGCAGAGGCUGUGAAACCUACCAGCUGUGGGAUGAUCAGUGACCCUAACGGUAUCUUCAAGCCGUGCCACGCGGUGGUUCCCCCCAACAUCUACCAGGAGAACUGUGUGUACGACCAGUGUGCUACAGGAGGGGAGACGGUGGCUCUGUGCCAGGCUAUAGAGAGUUACGCUGACCUGUGUGCCUUGGCUGGAGUACCCAUCGCAUGGAGGAACAACACCUUCUGUCCUCUGAAGUGUCUCCCAGGCAGCCACUACGAGCCCUGUGGUAGCGCCUGUCCCUCCAGCUGUCAGAACCCUGGUUUCAACUCCACCUGUAACCAGCCCUGUGUAGAGGGGUGUGUGUGUGACCUCGGACUGCUCCUCAGCGGAGACAAGUGUGUCCCACCCAGCCAGUGUGGCUGCACCGACGAGGAUAACAACUAUAGACCGGUGGGAGACAGUUGGUUCACUGAGCUGGACUGUUCGGAGCGUUGUAGGUGUAACCCUGGCAGCAACAUGACCUGUGAGCCGUGGCAGUGUAGCCCCGCCCAGGAGUGUAAGGUGUUGGAGGGAGAGCUGGGAUGUUUCUCAGCAGGUUUGGCUGUGUGUCAUGUGUCUGGAGAUCCUCACUACUACACCUUCGACGCUGUCAUGCACACCUUUAUGGGUACCUGUACCUACACCCUGGUAGAGGUGUGUAACUCCACCAAGGUAACUCCGUUCACCAUCGUGGCGAAGAAUGAGGAGCGCGGCCAACCAGAGGCGUCUUACGUGCACUCUGUUACAAUCUACCUUCCCAACGCCAACGUCACGCUACAGAAGAGCCGCAGAGUUCUGUUGAACGGGCACAGGGUGCGUACUCCUCUGUCCAUCGAUGUGGCCGGUGCCAGGGUCUUGAGUAGUGGUGUCUACAUUCUACUGGACACUAACUUUGGCCUGAAGGUGAAGUUUGAUGGAGUCCAUCACCUGGAGAUCAUCGUCCCUGGAGAGUACUUCAACAAGGUGUGUGGUAUGUGUGGUAACUUCAACAUGAACACGUCUGAUGACAACCUGAAACCAGAUGGAAAGCCGGCCAAGGACGUGAUGGAACUGGGCAACAGCUGGAAGUCAGAGGGAGACUCAGACCCAGGAUGCUCGACAGAUGAGCGUCCCAGCAUCCACCCCAACUGCACGACAGAAGAAGAGAACCAGUACGAGACCCUGUGUUCUUCUGUUGUCCUCGGAGACAAGUUCAAGCCCUGCCACUCUUUACUGUCCCCAGAGGCUUUCCUGGGGAACUGUGUGUAUGACAUGUGUGAAUACGAUGGCAUGCAGGCCACACUGUGUGAUAACGUGGAAGCAUAUGCCCAAGCCUGUCAGUCAGCCGGGGUCACCAUCAGCUGGAGGAACAAUACAUUCUGUCCCCUGCCGUGCCCCCCCAAUAGCCACUACUCUGACUGCACGGCCCCCUGCCCCCCCACCUGCUCUGACCUGUUCCCCACGCUCUGCCACCUGCCCUCAACCACCUGCGUCGAGGGAUGCCAGUGUGACGCAGGGUUUGUCCUCAGUGAUGUGCAGUGUGUUCCUCUGGCCAAGUGUGGCUGUGUGGACAGAGUGGGAGAGUACCAUGAUGUGGGUGACUCGUGGUUGACUGACCACUGUGAUGGCCAGUGUACCUGUAACCUGGGAGGCUCCAUAACCUGCUCAGACGUUAAAUGUCCCGACAAUUCUAUCUGCAUUCUGGACAAAUAUGGAGAACUCUACUGCAAACCUGAGAAGUUUGACAGGUGCAAUAUCCACGGUGACCCCCACUACCGUACGUUCGAUGGGCUCACCCACCACUUCCAGGGCCCCUACACCUACACCCUGACCCAGGGUCACGACCUCCCCAGCUCACUGGUCGAUCUGCAGGUGCGGGGGAAGAACGUCCGUCGUGGUGGCAGCAGGAAGGUCUCCUACCUGGAUGAGGUGUAUGUAGAUGUCUACGGAGUCAGUAUCCGCUUCCUGCAGAAGAAAGUAGUACUGGUGAACGGAGAGCGUGUGGCUCUUCCUCUCAGUCCUAGAGGCGGCCUGACCAUCACGAUAAACUCAAAGAACGUCCAGCUGGUCGCCGACUUCGGCAUGACCGUACGCUUCGACGGCAAGCAGCACGGAGAGGUGAUCCUACCCAGUACGUACAGAGACAGGGUGAGGGGUCUGUGUGGGAACUAUGAUGGGGUCUCCAGGAAUGAGUACAUGAAACCAGAUGGAACCGUGACGCGGAACCUUGAAGAGUUUGGAAGUAGCUGGAGGGUGACUGACAGGCAGGGGGUGGAGCCAGUGACAUCAGAACUCCCCAAGAUGGUGCACCUGCACAGGCGUGAUGUGGAGACCGACCCAGAGACAGGCUUUGAGACAGCAGGUUGUACUGACGCUCAGCUGGCUGAGUUCAAUGGUAUUAAACAGUGUGGAGCUGUAUCAGACCCUACAGGACACUUCGCUGCCUGCCAUGCAUCACUACUCCCCUACAGCUUCCAGGAGGACUGUUUGUUUGACCUGUGUGCGGAUCAGGAAACCGCCUCCCUGCGUUGUGACAGUUAUGAGGUGUACGCCCUGGCCUGCCAAGAGGCUGGAGUUAAACUGGGCAACUGGAGACAACAGCUGGGCUGUGUCCUGAGCUGUGUAGCCAACAGUGCCUACUCUGAGUGUAUGACCCCUUGCCCUGCCUCCUGCGCUGAUCUGGCCGCGCCCUCCGAGUGUGACGUCACUGCCUGUGUUGAGGGGUGCCAGUGUUCCCCAGGAUUCACCAUGAGCGGAGGCAUUUGUGUUCCCUACAGCGAGUGUGGCUGCACCUACCUGGAUAGAUACUACCCUCUUAAAGAGAGGUUUGUGACAGAGGACUGUGCCCUGUCCUGUGAGAGUACGCCCUCGGGCGCCGUGUGCCAACCUAAAGGCUGUUCCGACACACACGUCUGUACUAUCUUCAACUUCACACGUGACUGCUACAAAAAGAGCCUGUGUCUGAGUGACCCCUGUCUGAACAACGGUAUUUGCUCUGAGAUUACAGUAGAUUUAUUCAGCUGUCAGUGUCCAGAGGGUUUCGAGGGCAACCUGUGUGAGAUUGAGAAGACGGAUACCAGCGUAGGCCUGGAUAAGAACACGAUCAUAUUCAUCGCAGUCCUGGUGCCUCUGGGAAUCAUCAUCAUAGCACUGAUCUGUGUGUUAUGCUAUAAAUGCUGUGGAAAGAACAAAAUAAAUAAGUAUUAUUGUGACAGCACAGAUUCAAAACAUGGGAAGCCAGCGAAAGAGAAAAGCAGGAGAAAAACACCUGUCCCACCUAUUCAGCUGAUUUAUUGCAGAGGCACCCAGUACAACAUGCAUCUUAAGGACAGCAACGUCAAAUACGACAACUUCGGCAACAAUGAGAAGAACGCAAGCAACAAUGUGACUCCCAUGUAGCUGGAGAGAGAGAGAGAGAGAGAGAGAAUACAAGAGUUCCAUGUUUACUGGCAGAUGAAUGUACAGAGGUCACACACAAACACAAGCUAGACCCUAACAGUGGCAUGAUACUCAAUAAUAAUACAUGUCAUUUAGCAGAUGCGUGCAUACAAUUAUACUAUUAUUUUUUGUAAAUGGGUGGCCCCAAGAAUCAAACCUACUAUACUGGCAUUGUAAAAGCCAUGCUCUACCAACUGAUCUACUGAGGACCACUCUGUAAAUCCAGUAAAAUGCUGGCAAGUUUACUUUAAAAUGCAUUUUAAAAUGCACACAAAUUCAUAGCAGUCCGUAACGUCAAUGUUAAAUAUUUGUUCCAAUAUUAUUUGUAGAAUUUGUGAAUAUUAUUAUAUAUUACCUGCUUUUAUUAACAUAUUCAUGCUUUUGUUGUUGUAAUUUGAUCAUGUGCGAAAUAUGAGAUGUCAGAAAAGAUCCAAGGAAAAGUGAAAUUAUUAAAUGCCUAAAGUGCCUGAGAUGUUAUUGAUUGAAUUAAAUUAUGUUGCUGCAAGCAUAAAA